CUGGCAGGGACAGCUGCAGACAGGGGCCGAACCAGCUUUGUUACCAGGGUGGCGCCCGCUCUCCAUCCAGGCCCUGUUCAGCUCCUGCCCGACUCUGCUUUCCUUCCCGGGGCUCAGUGGGCAACCGGCACUGUGGGUCCUAUGCCAUGAGGGCCUAGAGGCACAGAGAGCCACCAGGGUCCCCCCGUGAGCCUCAGGGCUUUGAGGAAAAUGGGGCAGGACCAGACAAAGCAGCAGAUUGAGAAGGGGCUGCAACUGUACCAGUCCAACCAGACUGAAAAGGCGCUGCAGGUGUGGAUGAAGGUCCUGGAGAAGAGCUCUGACCUCGUGGGGCGCUUCCGUGUGUUGGGCUGCCUGGUCACAGCCCACUCGGAGAUGGGCCGCUACAAAGAGAUGCUGAAGUUUGCCGUGGUCCAGAUCGACACUGCCCGGGAACUGGAGGAUGCCGACUUCCUCCUGGAGAGCUACCUGAACCUGGCGCGCAGCAAUGAGAAGCUAUGCGAGUUUCACAAGACCAUCUCCUACUGCAAGACCUGCCUCGGUCUGCCUGGCACCAGGGCAGCCGCCCAGCUGGGGGGCCAGGUCAGCCUGAGCAUGGGCAAUGCCUUCCUGGGCCUCAGCCUCUUCCAGAAAGCCCUGGAGAGUUUCGAGAAGGCCCUGCGCUACGCCCACAACAACGAUGAUACCAUGCUCGAGUGCCGCGUCUGCUGCAGCCUGGGCAGCUUCUACGCCCAGGUCAAGGACUACGAGAAAGCCCUGUUCUUCCCCUGCAAGGCCGCGGAGCUUGUCAACGACUAUGGCAAAGGCUGGAGCCUCAAGUACCGGGCCAUGAGCCAGUAUCACAUGGCCGUGGCCUACCGCCUGCUGGGCCACCUGGGCAGUGCCAUGGAGUGUUGUGAGGAAUCCAUGAAGAUCGCUCUGCAGCAUGGGGACCGGCCGCUGCAGGCGCUCUGCCUACUCUGCUUCGCUGACAUCCACCGAAGCCGAGGGGACCUGGAGACAGCCUUCCCCAGGUACGACUCUGCCAUGAGCAUCAUGACUGAAAUUGGAAACCGCCUGGGGCAGGUGCAAGUGCUACUGGGUGUGGCCAAGUGCUGGGUGGCCAGGAAGGCGCUGGACAAGGCUCUGGACGCCAUCGAGAGAGCCCAGGACCUGGCUGAGGAGGUGGGCAACAAGCUGAGCCAGCUCAAGCUGCACUGCCUGAGCGAGGGCAUCUGCCGCAGCAAGGGGCUGCAGCGGGAGCUGCGAGCCCACGUUGUGCGCUUCCACGAGUGCGUGGAGGAGACGGAGCUCUACUGCGGCCUGUGCGGGGAGUCCAUAGGCGAGAAGAACAGCCGGCUGCAGGCCCUGCCCUGCUCCCACAUUUUCCACCUCAGAUGCCUGCASAACAAUGGGACCCGGAGCUGCCCCAACUGCCGCCGCUCAUCCAUGAAGCCUGGCUUUGUAUGACUUGCAGCAGCAGCAGCCCCCCACAACUCCCGUUGCCCUCCACCAUCAGACUGAAGGCCCAGGUUUGCUCCUGGAGCAGCCACAGGCCUCCUCAGCCAUAGCCAGGGCCUGGGGCCCGCCCACUGCUGCUCCUUCGGGCCCAGCUGCCCUCCCCUGCCUCUUUGUACUUUGCUCUUUAUAGAAAAAUAAAUGGUUUGUACCUGACCCCA